AUGCAUCGCUUCCAUGAACCUUUCACCACCAAGUGCCUUGGAACCAUUGUCUUGCGCCUCCUUUGCAUAUGGGAAGGAAGCCGUCAGCCCGGUUCGGGGACGAAAACCCAACAGCAGUUCUGCUGGCGAUUUUCCGCCUUCCAAAGGCCACCAUGGGAGGAAAGUUUGUCGCACUUGGUUUUCUGCUGUUCACCAUCAUGGCAACCGUGGCUUCAGAUGAGAACGAUUGUCCGGACCUGGGAUGCCCGAACAACGUCGCUUGCUUCAUCGGCCAACAACGGUGCACUUGCGCAUGCGUCGGGGACAGAAACCCUUGUGGGCAACUGCUGAGCCUCCCGUGUACCCAGGGCCGUUCCAUCACCUGUACCAGAAGUCACGGCCGAUGUACAUGCAAAUGUGUGUUCUAAACGACUCGUCCAAGACUAUGUACACAAGUCUAAUAAAAGGCUUAUUGA